AUGCCUUUGUAUUCGGAUGCGGAUCCUUACUAUGUGGACACGCCUCUAUUAUCGCCAGUAGAACCGCCGGAUCAAAAGAAUUUCGCACACAUCGCUCCGGGCCGCCGUGAGGGCAGAGGUCGUGGUAGGGGCGGUCGCGGUGGGGGUGGUAGAGAAGGCGGCGGUGAUCGGCCAAGAGGUUCCAACUUUCAUCGUAGACUGAAUCACAGAUAUAAUAUGGACGACAUCAGUAAUGGCUCCAACUAUCGCCAGCAUCAUUCUAGUUCGAAUUACGAUAGAAAUGACGGUUUCGGAGACAGUCGACAAAGGCAAAAUCAACCACGAGAUAGCUACCGCGGACGAGAGAGGUGAUGCAUUCGAACUAGUAUAGGAGGCAAAACACAAGAUUUCUUGUACGUACCAAAAUUCAGAGCGAAUUUGGUUCACGCGUGCACGGACUUGUGUUGAUGAUAAUCAGCACCGUUCUCGGCAGAUCCAAAUGUGCUUUUCAACUUUCGCAUGUGUAGCUGAUUUAAUAGUUUAUUCGUACCGAAUUGGAAUCAUGUACACAGACAUUUUGACACAAUAUUCUGCGUAUGAGUAGUAUAUUGUUUUUAAGAAACACGUUAGCUGCUGCAAUGUUACUGUGCAUGUGCAUACAAUACAUAGUUGUAAUUAUAAACGGUUACUAUGUAUCAUUAAGUACACAGUAAUCAUACACCACAUAGUACUUAGUAGAUUGUAUGGCCUUCAGAACACGAUACGUAUUUAUGUUUCAAGUUUUGUCCUGUUGUGUACAUGCAGUUAAGCGGAUAUUUAUAAAUUUUUCUAAACACAUAAUCGGAUAGACAUAUACCACAAAUCGCACAUGGAGGCGUUAACCUCUGCUUACGGAAAUUAAAAACACAACAUCGCGCAA